GUAUCCGGAGCAGCAGCAUCCCGCAGUGCGCAAUGCGGAGCUCAGCGUGUCCCAGGCGAGCCGUGUGGCGCUCAUGGGGCCGAUGGGCUCCGGACGCUCCACAUUGCUGCAGGUGCUCAGCGGUCGGCUGCUGCCGACACAGGGUGCAGUACAGCGCGUGCUGGGAGCAAGAGUAGCCUACGUGUGCAAGCACUCGCUGCAACGCUUCGGGCAGUUCAAGGAUGCCACGGCACUGCAGUACAUGUUCUGGCGGUUCGCCGAUCACCGAGACAAAGAGUCCUUGGCCGUCUCCUCCGAUGUCCUUGCGUCGGAGGAUCGGACCCGGCG